AUGGACCACCAGGAACUCCGACUGCUUGAGCAGAAACCAUCGAUUCCAGAGAUCGAAAGCACCCUAAAACGCUACUCAAUACUCCCAUUUUCUACCAAGCUUGUCACAAUCUUACUCAACAACACCAUCCCUGAAACAUACCAUGCUCUCCCGCCAUCAGUCAAAGCACUCAUCACUUCCUACCUACAAUGUCUCGAAGGAGUGGGCAACCUUCUAGCAAAAAUAGCGUCAUUUCAAACUUUAUCAAUCGAAUCCAAGCCCCUUCUUCAAUUGUAUUUCGACGAGCUCAUCCAUGUUUUUGACGGUAGUUUGAUCACCAGACUCGUAUCUCCUUCCACAAGUAGCGUCCAAUCCAAAGAGAUCGAUAAGUUGUUGUUCAAAGGAAAGACAUUUAGUAUUUGUGCUGAAAUCUUCUCAAAAUUUGAUUUGAACACGGAAAACACCAUAUUUGCUUCCUCGGAUGCCUAUCUCGGAUUUUUGAGCCAUUGCAUACUAUCCUUGUAUCGAAACGAGUCCAACUUAACAAUCGUCAAUCUGUAUAUACACUCAAUCAAAUCAUUCAACUCGUCUGGGUUGAACCACUACUUUAAUUUGAUUUUCAACGAAGCAAACUGGGUUUAUUUUACCAAGUCUUUUAACAUAAUGAAAUCGUUCGAAAAAAAGGAGUUGCUUACACAGUUCUUUACGAAGUUCUUGAACACCUAUGUGCGAUCAAAUUUAUCUGAUCAAUCUAUGAAUGGGCUAUUCGAAAUCUUAGAGUUUACCCAUAAAAACUUCAACCAAAGGUUAAUUGACCAGAUAAUUUCUUGUUUGAAUACUUCGCUAAAUUUGCUCCUGGCGAUGAUUUUGACAAGACAGACAGACAUAGAGCUUUACUCUCUUGCCAAGAAACUAAUUUCAAACUGGGGAGACGAUUAUACAAUCAAAGCUGAACCAAUUGUCAUUCAGAAAUCCAGGACAGAGUUUUUGAUUUAUCUAUUUUCCUUCAAACAGGGAUCUCAAUUCUUAGAGAAGAUAAUGGGCGAUAAGGUGUUCUUGGAUGCUGUAUCUACUAGGUUGCUGUCGAAUUCUAAUAGCGUGAAAGAAUUGGGUAUUCUAUUGGCCAACCAGGUUUGUGAAUAUUCUGGAAAGGAGAAGAUUUUUAAGGACCAUCAAGCAGAUAUUGAUCUAAACAUUCGAGAUGUAUCCAUUGUUAGCCCCAAUCAAAGUCCAUGGGCUGCAGUGAAUGCCCCUACUGUCGAAGAACCAGGAAUGGAACAGAUUAAUAAUGGGAACUUACAAAAAGCGAUCUCAAGACUAUCGGUAACCAAAUCUGUUACGUACACUUCUGACUCAGACGAUGAAGAUGAAGACUAUGAUGACGAAGAUCCCACAAUUGGGCCACGAGUAAAGGUCUCUAGACCUAUAUACAUCAAAGACCUUUUGGAAUACCUAAACGCGGACAGCAAAAAUCCAAAUGCAUACGAAAUGAUAAGAUCAGCUCUAAAGCAUGGACCUACAUUGAUCCGUCAGAAAGGAAACUUCGGCAAUGAACUAGUACAUUUCUCGGAGGACUUGAUGAGCACAAUAAUUGGCUUGAAUAACCAAUUCGAAGACAAAGACUUUGAAAGCGCUAAAUUGAAUUUUAUGAUUGCCAUAAUCGUAGCGAAUCCUGAUGUUACGCUACACUUAUUCAAGCUUUUACUUGUGGGAGAUUAUUCAUUACAACAAAGGAUGGUGAUUCUUUCCGCAGCAUCAUUGUCCGUCCGUGAAUUGAAGGGCUUCAAAGAUUCUGCAGUUGCAAGUUCAUUUAAGCCACUCCAAUUCCCUUCGAAAAUGCUUCCCGAGAACGUUCACCGAAAGUUUCAGGAAUAUUCUCUAUCCACUCAAUCAAUUACCUCCGGACUUCAGGACGAGCUAAUGCAGGAGCAAUCACAAAAUGCACAGGAGAAGAUACACGGUGGAAAGGUUAUUAGAAUUUCAAGUGGAUUGAGAAAGAAAACGACUGCAGACAAACCCAAGAUAGCAGGGUUUUAUAAGUUGGUUGGAAGCAGAUUUUUCUUCCCUUUAAUCAGCGUUUGGUAUGAGGCAGGAGAGAUAGAUAUCGGCCCCUAUACCCCCAUUUUUAUCGGGCACUAUCUAUCCACUUUAACUUUGAUACUUCAUUCAGCAUAUCCAUCGGCACUGAACUUAAAUGAAAUGGUACGUGAAAUGCUUCUCGUGGUAGAGCUUUUGGUUAAAAGGGUAAAACUUGAUGAGGUCCAGUUGGUUGAAAGCAUAAUAACUUCAAUGAUGUUGAUAUGUGACAUCAUGGACGGACAUUAUUUGAUAACUACAUACGGUGACUUUAUUUUCUUGGUGCAAAAAUGGCUAGAAAACUCUUGGGAACGUAUGAUUGACGAAAGAUUGAAGAGUUUAAGUGCAGGGUUAUUGCUAAGAUUAAGUCAGUUGAGUGAGAAAUUUGAGAGAACUUUGAUGGAUCAAGUGAAUGGCUUUCAGGAAUACUAA